UUUUGGUGUAAUUUAAAGCUAUAAUGUUAUUUUGGCUGAUUUAUGGGUUAAUUAAUGGAUAACUAUUAACUGUAAUGUAAAGAAUAACAUCAACAUAAUCAAAAGAAGUGGUUUCUACCUUAGAUAACAAUGAAAAGUGUGUGGUUUGUAGUUUUAAGUGCAUUAGCAGUAGGAAACUGUAUUGAACAUGAUUUUAAAGGUUUUGACGAUAGCAUACUAUUUGGAAUAAAUUGGCCUGGAGCAAAUGAUGGGCUAGAUGAAACAAUUGAAAAGGCUAAUAAGCCUAAGCCAAAGGAAAUAAUUCAAGUGACAACAUCGCAAAAAGAGAAAUAUGAAUGUCAUUUGCCAGAAGUUCAGUCAAAUGAGGCCAUGGAUAUUGCUGAGUAUGAUGGGCCUUCACCAAUAAGUCUAUUAAACCCACUAUUUACACAAAAAGUCUGUUCAUACAGAUUGGAUAGUUACUGGAGUUAUGAAAUAUGCCAUGGCAGGUACAUCAAGCAGUAUCAUGAAGAAAGAGAUGGAAAACAGGUGAAAACUCAAGAAUUUUAUCUAGGCAUGUGGAGUUUAGAGAACCAAAUGAAAUUAAUGUCAGAUUUGAAAUCAGCUAAAGAAACUAAAGUACCACUAAAGACUACAAAAGUUGAACGAAUGGAUUUACCAUGUGUUGAACUGGUAAUGGAUGGAGGUACGAUAUGCGAUCUAAAUGACAAACCUCGGGUUACUAGAGUUUUAUAUGUCUGCUACAGCCAUGGAAAACACGAAGUAUACUCCUUCAAGGAGACAGCUACUUGCGAAUAUGAAAUCAUAAUCUUAUCCCCACUACUCUGUGAACAUCCACAGUUUAAACCGAAAGAUGUCAGCGAGAACGAAAUCAACUGCUAUCCACUUUUAGGAGCACCGAAAAAACCUGCAGAUUUGAUGAAAAUGGAAUUUGAUGAUAUGAAGUUCCGUUAUGACACUCUGAAGAUAUCUAAUAAAGAUGAGGAUUCUAAGGAUAUCGUUGCUGUAUUGAAAGUUGAGAAAAUUGAUAAGGAUGGUGAGACUCAUCUCAAGUUUGAGUUGCAUCCUCUCAAUGAGGAUGAGCUCACCAGCGAAGGGAAGGCGAGUCACGUGACGCACGCGCCAGCACCGGAGAGACUCCUGCCUACUGUAAUGGACGACUCGCCAGUUAGAGCCUUUCUUAACGGCGAGAAUUGCUUGAUAGGAGGUACCGGUUGGUGGAAAUACGAAUUUUGUUACGGAGAACACGUGAUACAGUAUCAUGUGGACAGAACUGGAGAGAAGACAACAUUACUACUCGGGAAAUUCAAUGAGGAGGCACAUCUUGAAUGGAUCAAGGAGAAUAGAGGCAAAGCGCCUAAACCAGUUGAUGUACGUACUUCUGUCACACAUUUCUAUUCCGGGGGUGAUGUUUGCGAUAAAACUGAUAAGCCUAGGCAGACUGAAGUGAAAUUAAAAUGUCUAGAGAAUUCUUCGAGUCCGGCACAAGUGUCUCUUUACCUUCUAGAGCCGAGGACAUGUCACUAUAUACUUGGUGUUGAAUCACCUAUUAUAUGUGACAUUCUGCCUUUUGCGGAUGAAAACGGUCUCAUAAAAUCCACGAAGAUCAAAUCAGAAGAGUCCAAAAUCAAAGAAACAAACAAGAUAACUGAAGAUAGUGAUGUGAAGGAUAAAGUUGUCGAUAAGUUUGGUUAUGAUUAGAUAAUAAAUUAUUUUAUUUGA